GACGAAACGUAUACGCGCGAUCGCUGCAAAUGUAAGUUAGAUUUACAUGAAGCUUAGAUUACGAUAAAAAGGUGUCAAUGACAAAAGAAACUGAAGUGAGAAAAUCAUCGACUGUUACAAGAACUCAUGAGGAACAGAUAAUACGCACGUGUGAGACGUGUACUUCCUAGGAAAUCACAAUUACAUCUACAGGAACAUAACCUAUUCGACUAAUCCAAAUCAUCAAAAUUACGCGGAACCGGUUUAGGUUAGGACUGAAAGUGCGAUAAGCAGCGCACGUGUGCAACACGGAUCGCGAUGGAGAGACGACUCUUGAGGCUGCCGGGAAAUCACGGGGACACGUAUGGCACUUUCGUCUUCGUCGAUGAGGGACAUACCUUGGGAAACGCGCUGGCCUCCGUGAUAAAUGAAUAUCCCAAUGUGAAAAUAUGUGGUCACACUGUGCCACAUCCAGCAGAAAAAAGAGUGCACUUGAACAUUCAGACGACCGGUGAAAAUGUUAUUGAAGUGUUGAAACGGGGUCUCCAGGAUCUCGAAAAAAUAUGCGAUCACACACUUGAGACAUUUGACAAGGCCUAUGAGAAGCACAAAGCUUCACAAGAUUCCUUGGAGACUACAUAACGACACGUGAUUUUCUCUUUUAGAUUUUUAAUAUAUUAUAAAUAAAUUUUUUAAUUGAAUAAGAAUUAAAAUUGUGUACAUUAAGAUUGUAAACUUUUUAAUAAAAGAAAUUAAACUU